GGGAUGUGGCCAAUGUGGUGCGAGCGUGCUACGGAGAGGCCCCUCCCCCCAUCGUCCUGGUUGGUCACAGUAUGGGCGGGGCCAUCGCUGUCCACACCGCCUCCAGCAUGCUCCUCCCCACUACUGUAGGACUGGUGGUGAUAGACGUGGUGGAAGGCAGUGCCAUGGAGAUGCUACACAGCAUGCAGAACUUCCUGAAAGGGCGACCCAGGUCUUUUGAGUCUAUUGCCCAUGCCAUAGAGUGGAGUGUUAAGAGCGGUCAGAUCAGGAACCGAGAAUCAGCACGAGUAUCCAUGGUGGGACAGAUCAAGAGGCAUGUAGAGGUGGAGGAUGUUGUUGAAUCGCCUGAGCAGGCCGUCCCUGUUAGUGACGUAGUCGUCGAGGGCAACGAGGAGAUCUGCGUUGACCCGAGCUACGUUAGCGACAAGCCAGACGGUACCUCAGAGGUGAGCAUCCCGGAACCCGAGGGUGUGUACAGCUGGCGUAUAGACCUGUCCAAAGCAGAGAAGUACUGGGACGGAUGGUUCAGAGGAAUCUCCAAUCUGUUCCUGGGAUGCAACCUGCCCAAACUCCUCCUGUUAGCAGGUGUAGAUCGUCUGGACAGAGACCUGACUAUAGGCCAAAUGCAAGGCAAAUUCAUGAUGCAGGUGCUGCCCCCUAGUGGCCACGCAGUGCACGAGGACACACCAGACAAAGUUGCAGAUGCUCUGGCCAGCUUUCUGUUCAGACACAAGUUUGCUGAGGCCAGCAGAGGUCAGCGCACGAGCUCCUCCUACCCUUUCACGCGGUGAAGUCAGCAGGCCAACAGAGUACAUCCAGUCUUUCUGUGUCCUGAACAACAAAUAUUUCAAUCCUUUUCAUAUUUUACUUUCCAACAGUUUAUAGUGUUUUAGUAUUAACUUUGGUUACAUCAUUUUAGCAUCUUAGUCACUUAGAGUUCCAUCUUUUACAGUCGUAGUGUAGUUCAGCAAAUAUAUUGCAGUGUUUUUAAUAAGGUACAAGCCCCAGGUAGUACGGGCAGCGGGAUGGUGUUAUGUAUGUAGUAAAAUGUGUCGAGUUGGACUGUGACUUCAAACACGUGUUGGGUAAACAGUUCUCAUGGGAGAGGAAUGUGACGAUCACUAACACACACACACACACACACUAAGGAAAGCAGGCACACACACACACACACUAAGGAAAGCAGGCACACACACACUAAGGACAGCAGGCAUGCACACACACACACACAAGGAAACAGGCAUGCACACACACACACAGGAAAGCAGGUAUGCACACAUACACACACACACACACACACACACUAAGGAAGGCAGGCAUGCGCGCACACACACACACACACACACACA